CUAUAUAAGCCACCUCGCCGCGCAGGCUGCGGGGAGGCUCGUGCUUCGCCCGCUGCAGCGGCAGCACCGAGCCCCUGGGAAGCUCCUGCUCCUGCUCCUGCUCCUGCUCCUGCUCCUGCUCUCCUCCUCUGCAAAUUCCUUCUUCCCGCAGCUGCUCCAAGCCCUCGCUCCCCCGGACCGCAGCGUGGCUGGCGGCGAGAGGACGGGACGUUCCUUCGUUGAUUUUUUUUAUGGUUUUUGUAGGUCUGGGGAAGGCGCGGGACGGCUGCGAGUACUCGAGGAAGCCCCCGGUCACCUCUGGACACCGCCAUGGUCACCGCGAGAGGAUGGCUGCUGCUGCUGCUGCUCCUCCUGGGAGCCACGGCCGGUUUAGGUCAAAGGCUUCUGAGGCAAAACCUCGGCAGGAUCCAGAUAGGACAGAAAACCUUCAGCCCGCUGGUGAUGCUCAGCUUAGAGAGUACGAGGAGCAGCUCUCGCCGGGGAGCCCCGACCUUCGCCUACGCCAGACGCAGUCCACCGGUGCAAGAUUCAAAAAGGUUUUUGUCUCCAUGGUCGAAAUGGAGCGAGUGCUCAGCAAAGUGUGGCCAAACCGGUGUGCAGAAGCGUACCAGAUCCUGCCUAGCUGAACACCUCUGGGGCGUGCACUGUAAUGAAGCAACUGAGGAAGGGCGGCUCUGCAUUGGACAUGUCUGCUCAGCCUGCAACAUCACGUGCCCCAUGGGCCGCGUGAACGCCGACUGCGACGCCUGCAUGUGUGAGGAUGUGACCCUGCACGGAAAGGUCUCCCUUGAGGACGGCUCGCCCGCUGCCGAUGCCCGGGUCUACCUGCAAGCCAAGAAACUCAAGCUGUUGACGACAGCUGACAACAAGGGCACUUUUAGGAUCCCUGGGGUCUGUCCCGAUGGCAAAAACACCCUUAAAAUAAAGAAAGCCAAAUAUGCAACGGCUGCCGUCACCGUGCCCGAGACCAACAGAAGAAACCUGGCGCUCCAAGUGCAGCUGCAAAGAUCAGGCAAACCCUACAUUGUAAAGAGUCCCGAUGACAAGGCGAGGAGAGUGGGGCAGAGCGUGGCGCUCUGCUGUGAUGCCGUGGGGACUCCGGCCCCCGACCGCUACCUCUGGUACCACAACGGCUCACUGCUGGACCCCUCCAUAUACAAAUAUAAAAACAACCUGAUUCUGAAGAACCUCAACAGAGGCCAGGCAGGAGAGUAUUUCUGCAAGGCCAGCAGCGAUGGGGGUUCAGCAAAGUCCCAGUCUGCCAAGCUUUCUGUAGUAGGAAGACAAGAGGCAGCCUGCGACCCCCAGCCCCAAAGCCACCUCAUCCGUCUUCCGCACGACUGUUUCCAAAAAGCAACUAAUUCAUUCUACUACGAUGUGGGCAAAUGCCCAGCGAAGACCUGCGUUGGGAAGCUGGAUAAAGGACUGCGGUGUAAGGACAACGUUGCCUACUGCUGCGGGGCAUCCAAGAUGGAAACGAGAGAGAUCCCAUGCAAUGGGUACACGCUCCCCACUAAAGUCACUGUAGAAUGCGGCUGCAAGAAAUGCACCGAGACCAGAAUAACGGUUCGAGGCAGAGCCACAGCAGCAGAUAACGGCGAGCCGCUCAGGUUUGGCCACAUCUACAUGGGGAACAAGAGAGUGAGUAUGACCGGCUACAAGGGAACCUUCUCCAUCCCCAUCCCCGCAGAUACCGAGAGACUGGUUCUGACUUUCGUAGAUCGGCUGCAGAAGUUCGUGAACACAACGAAAGUUCUGCCGUUCAAGGAAAACGGAGGUGCUGUGUUUCACGACAUUAAGUUACUAAGAAAGAAAGCCCCUGUUACGCUGGAAUCCACUGAAACCAAUGUGAUUUCUUUGGGAGAAAUGGAAGAAGAUGAUCCAAUUGCCGAAUUAGAAAUUCCUCCUGAUUCAUUUUACAGGAAGAAUGGAGAACUUUACAGAGGCAAAGUGAAAGCCAGCGUGACGUUUCUGGACCCAAGAAACAUCUCAACAGCUGCUGUGACACAAAGUGACCUGAACUUUGUAGAUGAGGAAGGAGACGUAUUCCCGCUCCGCACGUAUGGCAUGUUUUCCGUGGACUUCACUGAUGAACGGGGCACCGAGUCCCUUAACGCAGAGAAGGUGAAGGUUCAUUUGGACACUGCUCAGAUCAAAAUGCCCGAGCACCUGCAAGAGAUGAAGCUUUGGUCACUGAACCCUGAGACAGGAUUAUGGGAGGAAGAAGGGGACUUCAACCUUGAGAAAAGCAGACGGCGCAAAAGAGAGGAGAGAACUUUCUUGGUUGGAAACAUGGAGAUCAAAGAAAGGCGGCUUUUCAACCUGGACGUCCCAGAGAGCAGACGGUGCUACGUCAAAGUCCGAGCGUACAGAAGUGAGAGAUUUCUGCCAAGUGAGCAGAUCCAAGGGGUAGUGAUUUCUGUUAUAAACAUGGAGCCAGAACCAGGAUUCUCUUCCAACCCCAGAGCGUGGGGUCGUUUCGACAGCGUGGUCACUGGUCCCAACGGCGCCUGCGUGCCAGCUUUCUGUGACGAGCAAAACCCAGAGGCCUAUGCAGCUUAUAUUUUGGCAAGCCUGGGGGGAGAAGAACUUGAAGCCGUGUCCUCUGCUCCCAAACUUAAUCCCAAUGCUAUUGGGGUCCCACAGCCAUAUCUCAACAAGCUCAACUACAGGAGAACAGACCACGAAGACUCAAACACCAAGAAAACUGCUUUCAGCAUUAACAUGGCCAAGCCGAGUCCAAAUUCCGCAGAUGAGAACAAUGGCCCUAUUUAUGCCUAUGAAAACCUAAAAGAAUGCGAGGAAGCUCCAUACAGCGCCGCUCACUUCAGGUUUUACAGGAUAGAGGGAGACCGGUACGACUACAAUACUGUUCCCUUCAGCGAAGACGACCUCAUGAGCUGGACCGAUGACUACCUGGCAUGGUGGCCUAAGCCCAUGGAAUUUAGGGCCUGCUACAUUAAAGUAAAAAUUAACGGACCCCAGGAAGUGAACAUAAGGUCUCGCAACAUGGGCGGGACACAUCCACGUACCAUUGGCAAGCUCUAUGGCAUCAGGGACGUGCGCAGCAUCCGUGACUCUGAGCAGCGGGACGUGUCGGCAGCCUGCCUGGAGUUCAAGUGCAGCGGCAUGCUCUACGACCAGGACCGCGUGGACCGCACGCUUGUGAAAGUCAUCCCCCAGGGCAGCUGCCGCCGCGAGAGCGUUAACAGCAUGCUCCACGAGUACCUGGUGAACCACCUCCCCAUGGCUACGAACAACGAUUCCAGUGAAUAUACAAUGCUGGCGCCUCUUGACCCGCUGGGGCACAACUACGGCAUCUACACCGUCACUGACCAGGACCCGAGGAUUGCCAAGGAGAUCGCUCUGGGCAGGUGUUUCGAUGGCACCUCCGAUGGCACCUCCAGAAUCAUGAAGAGUGAUAUCGGCGUCGCGUUGACUUUCACCUGUUCGGAAAGGAGCGCAGCCGAGCAAAGCAUAUUUGAGUCCCAGAGGAACUCGGGCCAGCAGUCCAUAGUGGUGCCGCCACCCCCAAGGGAGAGUCCUGCGUUCCAAAGGCAGCUGGGAAGCCGCCGAAUCACCCAAAGCAGGGUCCCGAUGAGAGGUCAAUGGCCUUCCUCUUACUAAAGAUAUACAGGAGUCUCAGUAAAGUCAAUCGCAUUUGAUUCAAUAUAACCUGAAAGGAACAUCCAGCUGCAAGUAACUUCAUUCAAAGCAGGUAGAUGUCAUUAUUUUUGAGAUGUGAUUAAGGUGCCUCUUUUUUCUUUUUACAUUGCACCAGAAAGGAAAGAUAUGGCCAAAACUGGGGGCCAGUAGUUGUAGUGGGUUUCUGCCUUAUUAAAAGCAUCCAAAAAAAAAGUUCUGCCUGACUUUAAAAAGCUUCACAAUAGCCUAAAGAGAGGAUUAAACACGCAACUCACUUAAGACGUGUAUAUAAGACAUUCUUCUGGUCUGCAUCUGCAGACUUUGCCAGCCCAAGUACCUGUACAGUAGUUGAUAACAUGAAAAGGAAUAAACUGAUUUCCUGAUACUGAA